AUGACUGAUGGUCAGGUUUUGUGCAAACUGCCUGAAAAGGGAGACAUCUACUGGACAGAGAAGGCAUCAGCAAAGCUUUAUUAUUUCCAGCCGGCACCUGAAGAGAUUCCAACUGGUUUCACACAAGCUGAAGAUGGGAGGUACUACAGAGUUGUGACUCCUGCCUCUAGACUCAACCAACAGGAGUCCAUCACUGCUUGUCAAUCAUUGGGUGGCACUACAUUGGCACUGCCUUAUCCCAAGAUAAGAGUUGAAAAACUUGCCAAAUUGAUGCAAGCAGCUGGAUUCACUAAUGCAUGGACCAUAGGGAAAGGAACUGCAACAGGAACUAUUAUUGUUGACUAUUCAGGAGAGUUGAAACUUGUCCCAAAUGCAAGUGACCCAAACCAAGCCUGGCCCCCCUCAAUCCCAAACCCAGCAGUCACUGCCUCUGAUUGCAUCACACUCAACAUAAACACCAGCACUGGAGUACCAUUUUGGAGUGCCAUGAAGUGUUCAUCCACCCUGGUCUCAUCUUAUGUGUGUGAAGCCAGUCCACCUUACUUCCAGAUCCCAUCCACAAAACGUUGGUUCCGCAUCUCCUUGUAUCCCAAAGUGAAGCCCAAAGGUGCCAUGUCAGCAGAGUGGUUCUGUCUGCGCCAUGGUGGUUCCCUGGCCUCAACCCAGGGUCCAACAGAGAAUUCUUCGGAAUGCGCUCUUCUCGACAACGUAGCAUCUUCUUCAUCUUCUGCCAAACAGAAUACAGGCAGCAUCACUGGAACAUUGAUGAUGUCAUCAAAAUAUCGCCUGAAUGGGUUCGAGCAGCAAACCCAAACAGGGCAAUUCCUCACCUCUGUCAAAGACAUAAUUGUCACUUCAGCUGGAGACUGUGCUCUUGAAUGCGGACGAACAGAAGAAUGCAUAUCAUUCAGUGUGACACCGACUGAAUCCUUGCAGAAAAAGGGCUUAUUGUGCAGAAUCCCUGAUCCGUAUGAUACUUUCUGGAAAGAAAACAAUGAGACAACCUUGUACUUCGAACGUCCUCUGCCUUACCCGAGUGAUGUUCACUUGGCAACAGAUGGAAAUUUUUACAAGGUGACGCCUGCCUCGUCCAACGAGCUUCUGACUCCUACUGAACACAGGGAUAAAUGCAAUUUUUUCUUUGGAGUCAUUGCUCCAGUGUAUCCCCGCAAGAUGGCAGCAGCAGUAGAGGCCAUGUUUCUCAAGGCAUACCCUGCUUCAAUUUCUAGCUGGUGGACUUCAUUAGCUGGUCUUGGAUAUCAUGAGGGAAAGCUGCUCAUACCUGCAAACUCUGGAGAGUUGAAGCUGGUGCCAGAUGCCAGUGACCCGAAACAGGCUUGGUCCACCUCAUCAUCAAUCCCAAACCCAGUCACUGCCUCUCACUGCAUCGCACUCAACACAGACACCAACACUGGAGCCCCGUUUUGGAACGCCGUGGAUUGUUCAUCCACUCUGAUCAAGUCCUACGUGUGUGAAGCCAGUCCACCUUACUUUCAGAUCCCAUCAACCAAACGCUGGUUUCGCAUCUCCUUGUAUCCGAAAGUGAACCCCACUGGCCAGAUGUCGGCCGAGUGGUUCUGUCAACGCGAUGGUGGUACUUUGGCACCAACCUACGGCCCAACCGGGUUGCCCACUUUGACCAAUGCUUUGUCACUGGUCCUGGGGACGACCAGUAUGAGUGUUCAUGCUUGUGGGACCCGCCUGUCGAAUGGUUCAUGGUCCAUGUGCGGAGAAAAUGUCCAACCCAGUCUGAAGGGUAGCCAGCCGGAUUCGCAGUUUUGGUUCACCGGAGAACCCGGUGGAACAGGAUCAACUAACUUUUUGGCCGUUAGAUAUUCUGCAGAUAAAGCAACAUACUUGUGGGACGACGUAGCAAUGAAUCAACUCGGAUUUAUCUGCGGACUGCCUUAGAUGGUUCAGACUUGCAUUCGAAUCCUAUUUCCGGAAUUUUGAAUCACAACGCCAAAACCCCCUCUUGCAUUCAAAAAAAUUUAAAUGCCCUCUUCUCAGCAGAAGAGGUUCUACUAUGAUUUUUCAAUUUAUUUAUAUUUUAUGGUGUGCUGUGUAAUGUGUGUUAUUCUGGGAAUAAAAUAUCCAAAUACACGUCUUCUAAACUGAAAUACAGUAUACUGCGGAACCC